GGGGUUGGUUCUGCGCGCAGGGACUGGAGGAGGAAGUGACUCGUGUGCAAGCAGACACGCGUACAACAGACGGCAAGAAGCGACGGCACACCCCGCUGACGCAGACUCUCGCCAAACCUCCCCCCCCCCCCCCCGCUCCCUGGGGAGCAGGAACGGACCGGUGGACGGGAGCUGAGGCGUCCCGAUGGCAUCUAGCCACACCGUCAUGCACCUGCAGAGGAAGCUGAAGAACCUGCAGCAGCAACGUGGCAAGAAAGCAGGGGGCAGUGUGGAGUCCAGGACCCUGGGGACUGUGGUACCUACUAUGAGGAGCACGAUGAGUGGGUCCUCCCUCAUCCCCCCCAGAGAUGCCCAUUACUCCCACAGGGGUGUGCCACUGCUCCAACCUAUGCCUGGUGUGCUGGCCCAGAGCCUGGAUGGGUUUGUGACAGAUAUGAGGACCCUGACCAAACCAGAAAACGGCCCCAAAGAUUCAACAUAUGGUAGAGGGGAGGUCCAGUCCACGGCCAGAGAAUCCAUAUUACCUGGAAAGGGCUCCAGCAAGCCCUUCACAGAGCUCCUGCCGCUGGGAAGGAGUGUACCCAUGGUGACCGUGCCGCCGUCGACUCUCGCCCCUGAUCCAUGGGGGUCAGAAAGCACACAGACUUUCUCAAUACGCCCCUCGUUUGGCUUUGUCCCUCCCUCUGCCGUCGCCCCUCCCAUGGGAGGCUACUAUUUCCAGAGGGACCCAGUGGCCAACAUAGAACUGUCUCCACAAAGGCUAGCCAACAACAGUCAUCAAACAGACUCUGGUCCCAGCACCUGCAGAGAUGUCCUCUGUCCAAUGCCUGGGUACCUUGGUGCAUUUACCGACUCAGCCACGAUGUCGCCUUCUCAUCAAUACCCUGCUUACCUUCCUAUCCAGCCAUUGUUUUACAGAUUUGACACAUACAAGAAGGUGCCUCUUCAGACUUCGGAGCUGAGUGCAUUCUCUCCUCUGCACUCGUUCCACCCCCUGCCUGCGGACCCCAUCGCUGCCAGGCCGCCGACCCGCAGGGCUGGGCACCGAGACAGCGAUGCUGGCAGAAGGAGGAUUAAGGAGACGAUUGCAAGCCAAAAGGGUGUGGAGAGCAGGUUUGUUGCUGAUAUAGAGCUGAGGUUUCCCCAGAAGAAAGAGAGGAGGAGACAGAGGGUCGCCUUGGGCAAAGCCCCCAGCCUAGAGGAGGGCAAGCAGCACAAAGACAUGAUGGACUUGAGCUCAAGGUCAAGGAUAUCUCCACAAGAGACACAAAAGGGGAGAAGACUCCGUGGGACCAUCACAACUGAACGAAAGGGCCUGUUCAUUCCAGAAAAAUCUCAUCUCAUUAAGGAACAUAUGCAUUCCCAAAAUCCACAACGAGUAGAAGCAAAACUCUGGAAUGGUUUCAGCAGAAAAGACAGUGAAACAUGCUCAGCCCAAGUGGAUUCUGGGAGCUGCCAGAGAAGCUCAAAGCCACAGAAUUCAUUAAAGGCAUUAGACCUCAGUCCGACGUACCAGCAGAAUAAGUAUAGGGAUGAACAUAAGCACAUGAGAAGCUGUACCAGUCGAUGCCAGGACCCUCCCUUCCACCAGGAGGCGCCCAUUCCCCAACAUGGACAGGUGGAGGAAAGGGUACCUAUGCCACCCAGAGAUGGGCCCAGCCCCGGACAGGGUCAUAGGGUGAUACGGUCCAUUUCCAUGCCCAACCUGCUUUUAAUGCAGGUUCCUCUAGCCAAAUACGAAGCAUUAAAGGCUAUGUGUGAGGCAGGUGUUGGUGUGAAGGAGGGACUGCAAAAGGAAGACCUUAAUUCAAACAGAGAGCCAUCUCAGGGUGGAGCACAACACAACGUCAGAGCGCCAGGGAGUCUAGAACCAGCGUUUGACACGAAGACUUUGAUCUGGUGCAUUGCUGACACCAAGCGGGCAGAAGGGAUGCUUCAGCUGUCCAUGGAAAGAAGUGAAAAUUCAGCUCAAGAAAAACCCAAAACAACGAUGGACAGAGAAGGAUCCUCUGUGUCCCCAGCAUAUAUUUCUGUACAUGACAAUAAAGAAUUCUUCAGCGCAGCUCAACAUGAGUCACCAGGGGUGGUGACGAUUAAGCCUCCACAAAACACGAAGAGACAACUGUCUGAAGAAGCAGAUGACUCUCUUCAAUCCGUCACCCAGAAGAGGAGAUCAACUGCACCCUCUCCAGCUCCACCCCAAAACAGCAUCCUGGAUGGACCCCCCCUGGGUGGGAGUGAGCCAGAGAACCUUUAUUCCACUCUGCCCGACCUGAAGCCUCAGCUCUAUCCUGAGUAUAGAGAGGAUCACACGGACCUUGUGUGCGAUUUGCCCGAGUUUGAAGGUCAAAAUCAAGGUGAGGUUCAGAAUCUGGGUUCCACCGGCUUCUCAGGUGAAGAGUCUAUGGAGAUGUCCCCAGACCAUGAGAAAAGGUGGAAACCUCAAUGGCAGGGCAUUGAGGAGAUCCUGGAGACCUACAGAGGCUACGCUGAAGAGAGAACAUUUGAAGAAAAGAUACUUCAAGAACAACUCAGGACGUUGAAGGAGAAAAACAAUGAAUUGAGUUUAAUUGCAAAAAAAUUGAACACUCGAAUGCAGAGUCUACAGGCCACCAAAGACAGGUUGGAGAAAGAGCAGAAGGAGCAUGAGGCAGCCCUGACCUACCUAAGGAACUGUCUUGGCCUCAUCUAGCUAUGGGGACCUCACCCCUAACAAACACAGCACUCCUCAGCCAAAACCUUCAGUCCGACUGUCUUCAGUUCACUUCCUUUUAUUCUUCUGCUCAUGAUUUACAGGAAUGCAAUUUUAUUCAUAUAUUAGUUAUUUCGGUGUUAUUCCAUAUUAUAGAUAUGAUGUAAUUGUCAGACUAACAUAGCAACCACAGAACUAGUCCCUUUAUGAGCUAAAUAUAUACUCUCGCUGUACAAGACCCAUUAAGUAGAACUUAGAAGAUGAAACGCAUUUCCAUAAUGUCUACUGAAAUGAAUAUGUACCUGCAUAUUUAAAGAUUUUGUAUGAUUUUUACACUAUAAAAUGCAUGAGUUCUCUGUA